AAUCAGCUGCAGUCAAAAUAUCGAUUCCAUGUGGGAAAGUACCCUAUCAAAAUCAGGUGACCAGAUCAUCCCUUCCAUUGCUGCAGUGUACAAGUGCUCCCUGGAUUUCUGAUGAGUUCUGAGUAAUGAAACAGGUUGGACUACAACUAUGACACAGGUGGAGUAUGCCUCAUUCUAAAGCCAACCAGACAUGCCUAAGAGGGCAUAAUUAGUGUGCACUGCCUGGGUUGAAAAAAAGAAAAAACCCUUCCUUGCAUACUUGUAUUGCACCUUCAAGUUCAUAGAAACAUAGGAAACUGCCAUUAGAAAGCUAUCAGAGGAAAUGAGAUUAUUGGUUCAUGUAUUGUCAACACUGACUGGAAAUGGCUAUCCAGCUUUUCAGGCAUUCUUUCCCACACCUAAGAUACUGAACCCAAAACUUUCUGUAUGCAAAGCAAGCACUCUGUAACCGAGCUAUAUAGCCACUUCCCAGCAGAGUUUUCCCAAGUUUGUUGCAGUAUGUGUUUGUGUGAUCUUCACUAUUAAAUCCUGUGUUGCAGCUAUGUGAAUUUUAUGAAGGACAGAUUUAUUGACUUCACUGAUUUUUAUAACAGUAUCUAAUGAAUCCAGCCAAUGCAUUUUUUGGUCCAACUGUAUAGGAUCUGCUUCAACUUUCCUGGCUUAAUUAUAUGGAUAGGACAUUACAACUUGUUCUCUUGAUUCAUGCCAUCAUUUCUUACUGAAAAGAGUUGGGAGGGGCUGGUUAGGUGUAUCAAGGGAAUGGUGUCUGCAGACUUGAAGGAGUAGGUGGUGGUACAUUCACUCUUGAAAAAGGUCUCCCUUGAUCCAGGGAUUUAUGGCUUCUACUACUACCUACUCAUAAUGGGUUAGGAUCCCAGACCUGCAGACAAUCAAAUAUGGGAUCAGAAAUAAUGCUAUUGCAAACAAUAUAAUGAGAAAGUCAAACAGUUACACACUUUAGAAUACACACAGAUGACUCACUGCCUGAGGCAAAAGUACCAUUCUCAACCAGAUAUUAGAGCAAAUAUCUAUAGCCUUACUAAAGACCCAUGAUAGCAAAGCUCAGAGUGUAAGAAAUGAGCAGGAUGAUUCCAGAAGCCAACCAUUUCAGGUAGUCAAAGGUCAAACUGAAAGAAAUGACAUCAAAAUAGCAAUACAACUCAACAUAAAGUAAUCCAGACAAAAAGUCCAACUUCAAAUAAAAGCUGAAGGGACCUGAGCUACUGGCUGACUGAGCAAGAAAGAGACCUUGCACUCGUUCAAACAUUUCAAUAAAAAUAAAGACUCAGUGCAUGGCUUCUGGGAAAAAGGCAAACUCCAUGUUAGGCAUAAUUAGUAAAGGAAAAUAAAACUGUCCAUAUUCAUACUGCCCUUAUACAUAUGUGUGACCACACUUAGAAAAAUGUGUAUAGUUCUAGUCACCAUACCUAUGGUAGGAUACUGUCGAGCUGGAAAAAGUUUAAAGACAGGAAACUAAAAUGAUCAAGCAGUUGAAACAACUCCCCAUGAGGAAAAGUUACAACAGAUGAUUUAACUUAGAAAAAAGACAAGAGAAAUGAUAGAGGUGUACAGAAUGAUUGUGGACCAGGAAACAUCUUUACCCUUUCCUAUAAAACUAGAAGCUGAAAUCAUUCCAUGAAGCUGAUUGGUGGAAGAUUCAGGUCAGAUAAAACAAUGUGUUUCUUCAUACAAUGGAUAAAGUAUGAAAUUAAUUUACAUGGGAAAUGGACAAAUUUAUGAAGGAAAAGGCUAUCAAGGGCUACCUGUCCCGAUGGCCACACACUACCCCCAGUACCAGAGGCAAUAUGCUUAUGUGCACCAGUUGCUGGGGGAAAUGGGCAGAAGAGUGCUGAUGCACUUAUAUCUUGUUUGUGCACAGCUGGCGGGCUAUUUUUUAUGUUCUUACCAAGGUUCAAGGGAAAGAUCUGAACUAAUACACAUACUCAACACAGAGGUCAGUACCAACUGUACGCACAACUCUGGGACAUCUGGGUCAUGUAAGUCCAAGCUUAACUAGUUUAAGAGAUCAGACUGCAUUCAACAGCUACAUGCAGAGAACUUGAGGUCCUAAGCUCCCAACUUUCUUUUCUCUACUCUGCAUGGGUCCAGGCACAAAAAAUCCAAGAUUAAGGACUGACGCUAGCCUUGAUGGGUCUGGGGAUCCACUUCACAAAAAGCAUAUGAUCUGAAGUUCGUAAGACUACACAGUGUAUUUGAAGUAUCAUAACCCUUACUGUAGUUCAUAAUAAUAAAGUCCAGGAGAUUAACAUCCCACUUGUCACAGACCUUGUGAACAGUACUCCCAUCAAUAUAACAGGCGGUGGAUCCAAAUAAAAAGAUGAAAAAUUAGAUAUUCCUAGUGACAUUUCCAGGGUUAAACAGUUGACUUUUAAGCAAGAAGUAGCCACAACAGCCUUCACCAAACCACCAACAGACAGGAGUUUCAGCCUAUCAUGGGGCCUCUUUUCUAGCCUAGAAGUUUCCCUUGAGCUUGAAUAACACUUCUUCAAGCUAGUCUCUCCUUCUGCUGGUCUCCCAUGGAAACUGCCAGUUCUCAUGUUUGUGAAGGCAAAAACUGCAGCUGGGCAGAGGAGUGAGCUAACUUCUACUUAUUUUCACCUGAGAAAGCUGACAGAGCCUCUCAUAUUCCUUGCAGUUUUCAAGGCCAUGACACCCAGUUCUGUUUCUCUGUGACAGGGUUUCUCUACACUGGACAAUCUGUUCUAGAGUUUGCCAUCCCUCAAAGGGGAUGGGUAAGUAGUUUGGGGGGUAUGCCUGGGUUCAUCAUGGUCAUUAGAAACCCAUGUGCCUUCUCUGGCAAGGAGUGCCUAAUAUGAGCUUUAAUUGGCGUCUUAACUAGAUACCAGUGUGGUACAGCAAUUAAGAGUAGCAGCAAUUAAGGGCUGGGACUCAGGCAACUUGGGUUCUAGUCUUCACUCAGUCAUGGAACUCACUGGGUAACUGGGCCAGUCACACACUCUCAGCCCAGCCUUGCUCACUGUGAUGUUUUUGUGAGGAUAAGAAUGAAAAUAGGAGGGGAAUUAUGUAAGCUGCCUUGAGUUCCUUGAAAGGAAAAAGGCAGGAUAUAAAUAUAAUGAAUAAACAAACUACACCUUUGCUUGGACAGGAAAAGCUUCACCAUUUUAGUCCAUCUACUGGUAAUUUUUCAUUUAGAUUACUGUAAUUUGCUUUAUACGUUCUUGCUUACAAGGGGUAAGCAGGUCCAUGAAGGACAGGACAUUUCGAAGGGCAUUGAUUCAUAUGGUUGCCAUAAGACAGAGAUGACUUGAUAGCCCCUAACAGCCACCACCACACCACCACCACCUUUGUGCUUGACCCAGAAGCUGCAAAAACUGCAGAAUGCAGCUGCAAAUGCUGCAUACAAUGCCUGGUUGAGCACAUAUAUAUCUAGUGUUGAGCUACUGCACUAGCUACCUACUCAUUGUGAAGAGAAGUCUUGCUUUGUCGUAUAAAGCCCCGAAUAACCCGAAACCAGUUACCUGGCAGAUCACAUUCUUCAAUACAGUGUUGUGCAAUCAGUAAGACCAUCAGAGAGGAGUCCUAGAGGGUUAUACUGUGACCUACAGGUUCCUAUCUGGCAGAAACUCAGAAGCUGGUCUUCUCCAUGUUCAUGCCCACCUUAUGGAAUGCUAAAUGUGGCUUGUCACCUGCUAAGAACACAAAUUUUGCCAAAGCCUUCCCUGAAUGAGUAUGCCAUUCACUUAUUCUGCUUAUGAAUUAUUGUGCUUUGAGCUCGGCUUCCAUAUAUAUUAAACAUUAAAACUGAUUAGUAUUUACAUUUGUUAUAAUGCAUUUUAAUUUCUUUCUAUAAACUGCUUAGAGAUACCUCUUGAUAUGGUAAACAGUACAUAAAUUGCUUAAAUAAAGUUGCAACGUAGUCACAGAUACACACUGUGUCUCAAGCUAAUCAAGACUAUUUUGAAAUUAAACAUCGCCUGAAAUCAGUUAGUUGAAAUUAAAAUAAAAUCAAUAAAAUUAUGGACUUCAAGAGUUUUGCCCCCAAAUACUGAAUUCUUCAUUUUUAAAUUUUUUUGCAGCUAAUGCGAUGACUGUUCUCAGACAGAAACAUACACGCAGACCUAAAGCUAAGCCUAUUUGAAAAGAAGAGGAGAUUAUUAACUCCGUGGGAGAAACAAAAACUUGCUUGUUAGAGGGCACAAACAUGACAAGAGUUCUGCUUGAUAGCUCAGAUGCUGAGGUAACAUCAAAUGAAAGCAGUGGAUGGAAACACAUGAACUGUAGCUUCAGGCUGAAGUAAUAUCAGGUGCAUCUCUACACCCUCCGGGCUUAACUCCUCCACUUUUAAGUCCCUCCCAUUGAAACAGCCUCCUUCAGUUUCACUUAAUCAAGCAGGGAACAGGUAUUUCUCUCUCAACACUGACAGCAACAGUCUAACAACUCUGAACCAACUUGGACCUCAGUCUCCAAACUCACAGCAUGCCCUUCUAAAUGCUCCACCCCAGUGAAGACUCGUCAGCCAGAUCAAUAUCUCCAAAAAGAAUGCUGCAACAGCUGAGUGUUUUCCCUUUGUGAGCACCAUUUUCUCCUGGCACUUUGCAGAACUGGCAUCUAAUAAGAUCUCUUGAAAAACUCCUCCUUGCAUUAGAAGAAAAUCUAGUAAAUGUUCUAUAUCUAUAAAUCAAAAAAAGCUUCAUUUAACAAAAUAAUAUAAGAGAAAUUCUAUUCAGCAACUCAGGAAGAUGAGCCUCCUCAAAGAGCGUAAACCAAAAAAACCUCAUUAUAUUCCAAGACCUCCAGGAAAACCAUUUAAAUACAAGUGUUUUCAAUGCCCUUUCACCUGCAAUGAGAAAUCACACCUUUUUAACCAUAUGAAAUAUGGGCUCUGUAAAAAUUCAAUUACUUUAGUAUCUGAGCAGGAUCGUGUUAUCAAGUGUUCAAAGUCAAAUUCUCUGGAACCUAAGCAGAUCAACCAGACAGAAUCUAUAGCCAAACCAACUUCCUCUAAAGUUCUCCCAAAUCUUGACUCUAAAGCUCAAUAUGCUUUUGCCAAAGAUGAUGCAAAGGAAAACAUGGAAGUUCAAGCAACAAGUAAAUCAGUAAAUGGACAAAAGACAUCAAUUCAGAAGGAAAUGACUCUUAACAGUAAUGAAGAUGAAUGUUCAGCCAACAUGCAGCCUGCUCUUGAAGGCAUUGUAAGACCUUCAGCUUUUGUUCCAGUAGGAGAGCAUCGACACAGUAAAGACAGUAAUGAUAUAUCUCAGUUAACAUCUCUUUCUAAUUCAAGCAAAGGCUCUUCUUUUCAUACCAAGUCAGCAUUUCAUGCUCCGACCAACCCAUGGAAAACAGGUUCUACCCUUAUUGCACCAGAUUUCUCUCAUAAAAUUCCACCUGUGAAAGGUUUAGCUCCCAUUCCAUCUUACAUGCAACCAAUGAUUCCAGAGUAUUCACCUUCUUUGUAUGAGCAUGGAUUGGCUAUCUAUGCACCCUACUUCCUGCCAGCUUCUCAUGACUGUGAAAGCUCAGUGCUCUCUGUCUACAGCUCUCAAGACCAAAGACAUUUUCUUCCACACCCCAGUCCACUUCCUAAACCAAUCAAUCCAGCAACUUAUGAACACUAUCGUUUAUUCCAGCAAUAUCAUCCUAAUCCACCAGUACCAUAUGGAUUUUGUAGACCAACAGAAUCAGCAUUUUACAGGCUACCACACAUCUCAAGUAUUAACAGGGACCCAAGUUCUCAUUUAAUAGAGGAAACAACUCUGCUGUAUCCAGCUUCUUCAAGUCCUGCCAGGUUACAUUCACUGAACUCUCAAAAAACCCCAGCUGAUUAUGAAAAAGAAAUUUCUAUGUUGCAUGCCAAAAGUCAUUCUAAAGAGAACCAAAAUGAAAGAGAAAAUGCCAAGAUGAGCCCUCGUGCUGGAAGUGCAGCAACAGGGUCGCCAGGCAGACCCAGCCCAACAAACUUCACUCAGACGAGCCAGGGCUGUGAAGGCCUGUUUGACCUUUCUAGUAGGUCAUCCAUUAAUAUUAACAAAUAUGAUCAGUCUGAAGAAAGCUUUACAGCAUUCAGGCCUGUGAGGAAAACUACAGAACCAUCAAUUUUGUCUCUACCACAGGAAGACAGAGGAAACUCACCUAAAAGUAAUGAUGUUACCAGCAAAAGUGAAAACAUACAACAUACAACUGAUGGUAAUGAACCACCUCUGUCUAAUUCUGAUGACGAGGCAGGGAUAGUACCACUUAAUCUUUCCAAGAAGCCUGAUGUAAGCAUUAUUCAGGAACAUUUGCAUGAACAUUUGUGCAAAACUACUCUCCAAAUGGAAAAUCAGAGCCUUAUGGAACUGCAGGAAAUGCCUCUGAAUCUCUCAGUAAAGGACAACUGUAAUGCAAAACUAUCCCUCCAGAGCUCAUCAUACACUGAAAAGAGUGAACCUCUAAAAACUGAAAAAGAAAGUUUGGAAGCAGAAUUAGGAGACCCUAAGAAUCACAUGGACAGGAAUUCCUUUGACAACCUUCUUACUGUGACACAGAGAAAUGAAUCUCAAGAACUCAGGACAAUUGACAAUUGUGACGAGCAGAAACAAACAGCAGCUGUUGCUCUUUGUCAGUUAGCUGCCUAUAGCCCUAAUAAAGUCCAAAUAGAGAUUGCAGAGAAAAACAAUCAGGACAGCAAUUCUCCAUAUACAGACUCAGCUCCUAAACCUUCAGAUACUCAGGUCAAUAACUGUAGCCAAAAAACAAAAGGACAAAAAAGGACCAAUCAAAAAGAAGUAACAAAACUUCAGCAAGGAACAAAAAGAUCACGAACAAAUGACUGUAGCAGAGUAUUUACUCUAAGAAAGCGAACCAGAGUAUCAUAAUAUUUCACUUUCCAAUGCACUACCAACCAUAUGAAAGAAUAGAUGU